AUGAAACUAUUAUUGGGAGCCCUGGCUGCCCUUUCGGCACUUUCAGCGGCUGUGGCUGCUGGAGGCGCUUCCACUCCUGGCAACUUUAGCUACAAUCGCCACCAGUUUCUUCUCAAUGGACAGCCAUAUCAGAUCAUCGGGGGCCAGAUGGAUCCUCAGCGAAUCCCGCCCGAAUACUGGACGCAUCGGCUGAAGAUGGCCCGUGCCAUGGGCUUAAACACAAUCUUCAGCUACCUCUAUUGGAACUUGCACGAGCCCAGCCCCGGCGAAUGGGAUUUCCAAGGCCGCAACAAUGUCGCCGAGUUUUUCCGUCUGGCGCAGGAAGAAGGUCUCAAGGUGGUGCUCAGGCCCGGUCCUUACAUUUGCGGCGAACGCGACUGGGGCGGCUUCCCGGCUUGGCUCAGCCAAGUCCCGGGGAUGGCGGUGCGCCAGAACAAUGGUCCAUUUCUCGACGCUGCCAAGUCGUACAUCAAUCGCGUUGGCAAAGAGCUGGGAAGCCUUCAAAUUACGCAAGGCGGGCCCAUCCUGAUGACCCAGCUCGAGAAUGAGUACGGUAGCUUCGGCACGGACAAGGAAUACCUUGCCGCUUUGGCAGCCAUGCUUCACGAUAAUUUUGACGUUUUCCUGUACACCAACGACGGUGGUGGCAAAUCCUACCUCGAGGGUGGACAGUUUCAUGGCGUUUUGGCUGUCAUUGACGGCGACUCGAAAACCGGCUUCGAAGCUCGCGAUAAAUAUGUCACCGAUCCAACAAGCCUCGGCCCACAGCUAAACGGAGAAUACUACAUAACUUGGAUCGAUCAAUGGGGUAGCGACUACUCCCACCAGCAGAGUUCGGGCUCGCAGACCAAGAUCGACAAGGCUGUGGGAGACUUGGAUUGGACGCUGGCCGGGAAUUACUCCUUUAGCAUCUACAUGUUUCACGGAGGUACGAAUUUCGGCUUUGAAAACGGAGGGAUUCGGGAUGAUGGUCCCUUGGCCGCUGUGACGACCAGCUACGAUUACGGCGCGCCUUUAGAUGAGAGUGGUCGUCCCACAGAUGUCUACUACAGCCUCCGAGAGAUGAUUUCCAAGCACGUGCCCGCAGGCAGUAUUCCGAAUGUACCUACCACUCCAAAGCGAGCGUCAGUCCCGGCAUUCAAGCUCCAAUCGGGGGCGGCCCUAUUUGAUCUGAAAGGCGCACCUACUAAGAAGGCCAACGACCCCAUUAGCAUGGAUGCUUUGAAGCAGGCAUACGGUUACGUUCUCUACGAAUAUGCAGUGACAAAGGAGCUCAAGGGCAAUGUCACAAUUGGUGAUGGGGCUCGUGACCGUGCCAUGAUAUAUGUCAAUGGUGUGCGUGUUGGUGUAGUGGACACAAUUUACAAGACGCCUGCAACUGUCACGGUAGCGUUGAACAAGGGCGACACGCUUCAUAUUCUGGUUGAGAACCUGGGCCGUGUCGAUGUGCGCCAACGUCUCAAGGAGCAGGUCAAGGGGAUCGUCGGAAACGUCACAGUUGGAGGCCAAAAACUCAGUAACUGGGCCAUGUACUCGAUUCCAUUGGACAAGCUGCCGUCAGGGCUGGACAAGAAGCAUACGAUCAAAAAGAAUGACACUCCAGUCUUUUACACUGGCACUUUCGGCAUGCCCAAGGGAGCCUCGGCAGAUCCCAGUGGCGAUACAUUCAUUACCGUACCCAGCGCUGUCAAGGGUGUUCUCUGGGUUAAUGGUGUGAAUAUGGGAAGAUACUGGACGGUUGGUCCCCAGCAGAGUCUCUAUGUUCCGGGAAGCAUAUUGAAGGAGAAGAAUGAUGUAGUCCUUCUGGAACUGGAGCCGCAGCCAGAAAUGAAGCUUUCUGCGGAAGGUCUUUCCGAGAGGAAAUGGUUCAAUAACCCGGAUCCAGAUGCUCCCUAG